AUGACCGCCCCGGGAAUCAGGAACCUCCGUGGGGCGUUGCGGCAGCACCACCUGGUCCUCUUCGCCCCGGCGCUGUGGGCACCUGAGCACCUCCCUGGGCUGCCCCCAGCGCCGCCACACCGAGGGGGCUCCGCGGCGGCCGGCGGGGGUCCCCUACCGGCCCCCAGAGCCCUGCCGGCCCCCAGACCCCUACCGGCCCCUGCCGGACCCCUCGGAUCCUCCCGGACCCCCCGGGCCGGAGUGGCCCCGGGCGGCGUUGGGCAGGCAGGCGGGGCUGGCAGCGGGGACCACCUGGAGCAGGAUUUUGAAUCGACAGCUUGUAAAAUAUUGUGGAGGCCCUCUACGCCGCUGCCUCAUAUCAUGCACGUCGUUAUUCCAGAGGGCAAUGGGUCAUCGGUUUACUCCUUCUGCGCUCGCUGUCACCAGCCCGGAGGGGUCCGGGGGAGGAGGAGGAGCAGCGGCGCGGCGGGCACCUGCCGCCCGCGCUCCCACGGGGAAGGCACCGGCACCGCCGCCGCCGUCGGGCCGAGUGCCGGGGGGGCCGGGGCGGGCGGGGGUCGCUGCCCCCGGCGAGGGGCCGGGAGCCGCCGGCAUGCGGUGAGCGCUCACGUCCAGUCCCGGCCCGUUCCCACCCCCCGGGAGGCGGCGGGGCAGGAGGAAGCGCACCGCGGGUUUUUUGGAAACGAAAAUCGCCGGUGUCCAGGUGGCGCUGCUGGAGGGAAGGAGGGCGAGCGGCCGCCCGGCGCGGUCUCGGCGCCUGCUUCCCUUCGGGGCUGUCGGAAAGCCGGGGCCCGGCGCCGCGCCUGCCUGCCCCGUCGAGGGGCGUCCGCAGGCCCCGCGCCGCCCCGCUGUGUACCGGCCGGCGAGGCACCGAGCAGGAAAUCGCGCCGCCCCGCUCCGCGCCCCGCCGGGCUCUCGGGGCCAUCCCGGGGGACGGGACAGGGCCCCUCCGCCGCCCCCCACCCACGCGUGGCCCCCGCUCGGCGGCCGUGCCCCCCCUGCCCCAUUCCCGGUCCCCGCAGCCACGGGGAGCGACGGCGCGGGGCCUCCCCCGGGUUCCGCUGA